AUGACAUCUGACGUGUUCAAAACUCUGCCUCAGAUCCCCAUGGAUGCUUCCAUGGCCCAAUCGACUCAAGAACGGUCUACCCCAUCCUCAUCCUCCGCCACACCAUCGUACCGACAAGACGAGUUCUUUUCGAUGCAUGACUUGGAAAUGAAGCUCAGAGAAUCGCAAGGCAACGUACAACGAGCCAGAAAAGCAUUGCGACGGAAAUCACCACCUCGAUACGACUUCACGCCUGCUUCACCUUCAGAUCACUCCUCCGUCGGCUCGCAACCUCAAACACCCGCUCUUGACCUAUCGACCCAUUUCGAAUACCCCUCCCUGCCCUCAGAAACGGCAUCCUACGUAGACUCGGACAGGGACUCGUGGUCGCUUUCACAUCUGCCUCACGAUCAGGGGCUUGGAUACGCCGCUUCAAAGUCCCUGCCACAUAUCGACGACAACACUUUUGAUACGCAGAGACCUACAUGGUGCAGUGAAGUCAACUCCUUCGGCAGAAUACCGAGCAUGGAAUCGGUCAUGAGCGAUCCAGCCUUUCUCUUACCCUGUCAAUUCAUGUGCGAUCUCUCCUGUCCGGAAACCAUGGAGCAAUUGACAAAACUACGACAAGCGGCUGCAAACCUCGAGGCUUGUCUUCAGAGAGUCUCUGCAUUGCCACUGGCCUCCGAGGCGGAUGUCUCGAUCUCGAUGUCCGCUCCCACUCGCCCGGUUGUCAGGCGAAUUCGACGAAAGGCCGUCCCAACUCCUUACGACGAUUCCACUAUCUCGCACAGUAUCUCCAUCACCCCUGCUCCGUUUGUUCCCACUACACCGACCCGCAUCGCACCGGCUGUUCCCAAGCGGAGUCCUGUUCGACCCGCGCCUCGAAAAAGCAGCCUGAUCAGCGCCUCAUCCACCCAACCGGUCGCUAAACGCUCAGCAUUGGCCUCUAUGUAUCAAAACUCGCGAGCGUCUCAGUCUGUGUCUGAAUUGACAUCCCGCGUGUCAGCCUGGUCACCUUUUGGAUCCCGUUCUACCAACCGACCUGCCAUUUCGAGUCCCAUGCGAAGGACAAGUUGUGACACGCAGUCCACCCAUUCGGACAUUUUGGACUCGGGCUCGUCAUCCUCCGGGACAUCCUUUUCCGCUACAUAUGCCAAGACCUCUACCGAGUCGUUGGCUCUGGCUCGAUAUACAACUCCUACAAAGCCCUCCGUCUCUCCUCGAACAUCCAGUAUGACUCCUGGGUUGAGCCAAUUUGCAGAUGCCCAAUUUGGCUAUCAUCAAGCGUCAUCAGGAUCUUCACUCUCGACACACAUGCCAGCAGGUCAAGGCAACCAAAACCCUCAUGGACCGUUGUCUGAAGCGGAAUCUGGUCUCAAAAAGCUGGGAAUGGGGCUCAGUCGGGGGAUGAGCAGUGUACUCAACCUUGGGUCCCUUGAUCGGGGAUCGUCUCUAUCGGCGAUAGAAAACAAGGAACGACCUCUGCGGACGCACUUCAGACUCCGACGAUCCGACCUCAGCUCGAGAGCUGCCAACGACCUCUCACGCAGCUCGCCAAUGGGGGAGGAAGAAGCUCAGAUCCAGCCAUCAAAAGUCAAAAGACGAAUCUUGAGUAUGCCAAGAGUAUUCAGUUCCCGAUAA